GGCUUCUGGGUAAAGUAGGCUGUGUCUGCGCGUUGAUGUCAGAGGAAAGAGAACGCGAGCAACAGGAGCUGCAAGGAAUCGCUAUGGAGUAGGCUACCGACGGUGGAAGUAGCCCCUCCAACUCUUGAGAUGAGGACGGACUUUACGAAAGGUUUUGGGGAAACGCGAUAGGGCAGCCGGCGGUGGAGCGUUUUUCAUUUGCGUUACAGUGUUAUUUUGAUGUUAAUUCAUCGUUAUUGUGCUGGCGAUGUCGCGGGUGGAGUUUGCACUUUACAUGGACGGAGGGAAAACGCCUGGGGUUUGAAUACCACGGACUGUGUAUGAACGGCAAUUUUUUAAAAUUUAGGCGCAAGCAGUGCGAAGCGCCGAAAAAAGAGGAGGGGAGGGGGAUAAGAAAACGCCCUGUUGCUGAAUCCCCUCAAAAUCAAAACUUUAUCGCGCCAUCAAAGAUACAGGACCUCUCUUGUUGAGCAUGGAAGAGGAAGUUUGAUCGCAUCGGACUUAAAACAAACAAGGCUUACAUCAGUAAAGAGGUUUGUGGAGUGACCCCACACUAUUGUGGAUUAUUUUUGUCUUUUAUUGUGGACACGAGUCGGAGGCAAUUUCAGAGGGCGGCGAGUCGGAGCCUGUCUAGGCCCACGGCCAUUGCCCAAGAAGAAAAUAUUUUUUUAAUGUGAACCUAAGAAGUUAAGGAGAGGGAGCUCGUUAGAUAUUCACAUACUUCACGAACGCUUGCCUUACUAUUUAAAAUGUCGUUCGGAGCUGAGAGAAGGAUGGAAAACCGGUUGCAGAAACUGGAAGCCAUGAUCAAAGACCCCAGGUCGGCGGUUAAUUUGGAAAGUUUACUGGAUUCCAUGAAUGCCUUGGUUCUAGAUUUGGACUUCCCGGCCUUACGCAAGAACAAGAACAUUGAGACCUUCUUGAACAGAUAUGAUAAGGUGAUGGGGCACAUCAGAGAUCUGCAGAUGAAGUCUGAAGACUUUGAUCGAGUGAAGGUGAUCGGCAGGGGGGCCUUUGGCGAGGUUCAGUUGGUGCGACACAAAGCAUCUCAGAAAGUGUACGCCAUGAAGAUCCUGAGCAAGUUUGAAAUGAUAAAGCGCUCCGACUCCGCCUUCUUCUGGGAGGAGAGAGACAUCAUGGCCUUCGCCAACAGCCCGUGGGUCGUCCAACUGUGCUGUGCCUUCCAAGAUGACCGCUACCUGUACAUGGUGAUGGAGUACAUGCCCGGCGGUGACCUGGUCAACCUGACCAGCACAUACGACGUGCCCGAGAAGUGGGCGCGCUUCUACACGGCCGAGGUGGUGCUGGCCCUGGACGCCAUCCACUCCAUGGCCUUCAUCCACCGCGACGUCAAGCCCGACAACAUGCUGCUGGACUCCCAUGGCCACCUCAAACUUGCCGACUUCGGCACCUGCAUGAAGAUGGACGCGACUGGUAUGGUGCAUUGUGACACAGCGGUGGGCACGCCCGACUACAUCUCCCCUGAGGUCCUCAAGUCGCAGGGAGGCGAUGGCUACUAUGGGCGGGAGUGUGACUGGUGGUCAGUGGGCGUCUUCAUCUAUGAGUUGCUCGUCGGUGAAACGCCGUUCUAUGCCGACUCGCUGGUCGGAACCUACAGCAAAAUCAUGGACCACAAGAACUCGCUCAACUUCCCAGAUGAUGUGGAGAUCUCCAAGGACGCCAAGAACCUAAUCUGUGCCUUCCUCACAGACAGGGAAAUACGUCUGGGUCGUAACGGAGUGGAAGAGAUCAAGCGCCACCCUUUCUUCAAGAACGACCAGUGGACCUUUGACACCAUCAGGGACACUGUGGCCCCAGUGGUUCCCGAGCUAAGCAGUGAUAUUGACACCAGCAACUUUGACGAGAUCGAGGACGAUAAGGGCGACGUGGAGACGUUCCCAACACCCAAAGCCUUCGUGGGAAACCAACUGCCCUUUGUGGGCUUCACCUACUUCAAAGAAGAUCAGUUGCUAAGAGGCUCAAAUCGGUCUGCCGUGGAGAACGAGCACCUAGUGUCCAUCAAGGAUGCCUCUGUGUCGGCAGCACUGCAAAAGCAGCUGCACGUGCUGGAGGAGCAGCUGAACACUGAGAUGCAGGCCAAAGAUGAUUUCGAACAGCGCUGGCGCACCGCCACAAACCGCAUGGAGAAAGUGACCAAAGAGCUGGACGAGGAGACCAACAGCCGUAAGAACCUGGAGUCGUCCCUGCGGCAGCUGGAGCGGGAGAAGGCCCUGCUGCAGCACAAGAGUGUGGAGAGCCACCGCAAGGCCGAGAGCGAGGCUGACCGCAAGCGCUGCCUGGAGAAUGAGGUGAACAGCCUCAGGGACCAGCUAGAGGAGCUGAAGAAAAAGAACCAGAACUCCCACAUCUCCAAUGAGAAGAACAUCCACCUGCAGAAACAGCUGGACGAGGCCAACGCUCUGUUGCGGGCGGAGACGGACGCGGCGGCGCGCCUGCGCAAGUCUCAGACGGAGCUGACCAAGCAGCUGCAGCAGAUGGAGGCCAACGGGCGCGAGCUGCAGGACAAGUGUUGCCUGCUGGAGAACAGCAAGCUGAAGCUGGAGAAGGACUACAUCGGCCUGCAGGCCGCGCUCGAGGCCGAGAAGAGAGACUGCAGUCAGGGCUCGGAGACCAUCACCGACCUGCAAGGGCGCAUCACAAGCCUGGAGGAUGACGUGAAGCAGUCGAGAGUGGCCUUGUCCAAAGCAGAGACGGAGAAGCGUCUGCUCCAGGAGAAACUCACAGACCUGGAGAAGGAAAAGAACAAUAAGGAGAUCGACAUGAUGUACAAGCUGAAGGUGCUGCAGCAAGGCCUGGAGCAGGAGGAGGCCUCCCACAAGGCCACCAAGGCCCGGCUGGCUGACAAGAACAAGAUCAGCGAGUCCAUCGAGGGAGCCAAGUCCGAGGCCAUGAAGGAUGUGGAGCAGAAGCUGCAGGAGGAGCGGGCGGCUAAACUGCGUGUGGAGAACAAGCUGCUGGAGCUGGAGAAGCAUAGCUCCAUGCUGGACUGUGACUACAAGCAGGCACUGCAGAAACUAGAUGAACUGCGCAGACACAAGGACAAGCUCACAGAGGAGGUGAAGAACCUGAGCCUAAAGAUCGAGCAGGAGAUGCAGAAGCGCACGCUGACGCAGAACGACCUGAAAGUGCAGGUCCAGCAGCUCAACUCCCUGCGCACCUCCGAGAAGCAGCUCAAGCAGGAGACCAACCACCUUCUGGACAUCAAGCGCAGCCUGGAGAAACAGAACCAGGAGCUCCGCAAGGAACGUCAGGAUGCAGAUGGACAGAUGAAGGAGCUGCAAGAUCAGCUGGAGGCUGAGCAGUAUUUCUCAACUUUGUAUAAGACCCAAGUACGGGAGCUGAAGGAGGAGUGUGAGGAGAAGAAUAAGCUAUACAAGGACAUGCAGCAGACUCUGCAGGAACUACAGGAAGAGAGGGACUCGCUGGCGGCCCAGCUGGAGAUCACGCUUACCAAGGCGGACUCGGAGCAGCUCGCACGCUCCAUCGCCGAGGAGCAGUACUCCGACCUGGAGAAGGAGAAGAUCAUGAAGGAGCUGGAGAUCAAGGAGAUGAUGGCGCGGCACAGGCAGGAGCUGGGCGAGAAGGACACCACCAUCAGCUCAUUAGAGGAGGCUAAUCGCACGCUGACGAGCGACGUCGCCAACCUGGCCAAUGAGAAGGAGGAGCUGAACAAUAAACUGAAGGAUAACCAAGAAGAUAUGCAGAAGAAGAUGGACUUGGAGCAACAAAUCAACCAGAUUAAGAACACCUAUGAGAAGCAGCUUCAGUCCGAGAGAACUUUGAAAACCCAGGCGGUAAACAAGUUAGCUGAGAUCAUGAACAGGAAGGAGGUGCGAGGCGGAGGCAGUCGCCGCGGCAACGACACAGACAUGCGGCGGAAGGAGAAGGAGAACAGGAAGCUGCAGCUGGAGUUGCGCUCAGAGAAGGAGAAGCUCAACAGCACCAUCAUUAAGUACCAGAGGGAGAUUAACGAGAUGCAAGCGCAACUGUUGGAUGAGAGCCAGGUCCGUAUUGAUCUUCAGAUGGCACUGGACAGUAAGGACAGUGACAUUGAGCAGCUGCGCGGCCUCCUGAACUCGCUCAAUGUCCACUCACUAGACUCCGCUAGUGUGUCCAGUGGACCCGACUUCGAUACUGAUGACACCUUCGCAGUCCGUAGGCCCUCAGUCAAGCCCAGCAAACGGUCUUUUAGAAAACGCCAGGAGUCCCACCCUGCACUCACUGCUAAAGAAAGCAACUCCUCUUCCCCUAACUCUGACAAAGAAACGAGGCUUGAAGGAUGGCUUUCAAUGCCUGUGCGGAACAAUACCAAGCGUUUUGGAUGGGAAAAAAAGUAUGUGGUGGUAAGCAGCAAGAAGAUUCUUUUCUACAACAGCGAACAGGACAAAGAACUAUCCAACCCUUACAUGGUGCUAGAUAUAGAUAAACUAUUCCAUGUGCGGUCUGUCACCCAAACGGAUGUAUACCGUGCUGACGCCAAAGAAAUCCCCAGGAUAUUCCAGGUCCUGUAUGCCAAUGAAGGAGAGAGCAAGAGGGAGCAGGAGCUGGAGUUGCCCAUCGGCGAGAAGUCUUACAUCUGCCACAAGGGCCACGAGUUCAUCCCCACGCUCUACCACUUCCCCACCAACUGUGAGGCCUGCACCAAGCCCCUGUGGAACAUGUUCAAGCCGCCGCCCGCCCUCGAGUGCCGACGCUGCCACAUCAAGUGCCACAAGGACCACAUGGACAAGAAGGAGGAGAUCAUCGCGCCCUGCAGAGUGAACUACGACGUCUCCACGGCAAAGAACCUGCUGCUAUUGGCCGCCUCACAGGAGGAGCAGCAGAAGUGGGUCAGCCGGCUGGUCAAAAAGAUCCCCAAGAAGCCCCUGGCGACGGACCCAUCCCACCGUUCCUCACCCCGGGCCCCCGCCAAAGUGCUGGCCAGCCAGUCGAUGAGGAGACCCAGUCGACAGCUGCCCCCCAGCAAGCCCAGGGCCGUGACCAAGGAGCCAGCCGAGCCCCCAACACUAGGGGAGAAGACCAGCCUCAUCCGCCACAAGGGUCACGAGUUCCUCCCCACGCUCUACCACUUUCCCACCAACUGCGAGGCCUGCACCAAGCCCCUGUGGAACAUGUUCAAGCCGCCUGUAGCCCUGGAGUGCCAACGCUGCAACAUCAAGUGCCACAGACAACAUAUGGAUAGGAAAGAGGAGGUCUUGAAACCCUGUGCUCCAGGCAGAAUCGAAUCACAGACCGAGCCUGGCUAAAGUGUUUGUUUUUAUAGACUAUCCAACACUGCUAGAAUCAAUCCGCCUGGUGAUCAUCACAAAGCUUGUGGUCUAUACUUGAUACUAAAAAGAGGGUUGACUUCUGCCUGAAACACAGGGCCCUGGGCAAGCUUGAUGACUUGAGUAUGAGCAAAGGACAUGGGGCUUGGAGCUGAAAACUAAGUCAUUUGAAGGGUGCACCCAUGAUUGAUCCUUCAGAGGAAUCUCUACCUUCCAUCCAUCUCCAAGGAACUACCUCACAACAGUGAUGAACAUUGACUCACUCAAGACAUUUAAUCAUCUCCUACAAAUAAGUAGAUCUAAUUUCAACCAAUUUAAAAUGAAUCUACCAACCAAUCUCCGUUAUCAUGCUGUCUAAUAUAGCUAAUAUCUAUAAAUGAUAUGUUUUAAGGUGAUAUGGAACUGCACUCCUUCAAUACAGCACCAUAAUAACAUAUUGCUGUAGGCUUUAGGCUGCUGAUAUGAAGGGGUAACCUGAUUCGGGCACUUUAUGAAGGGUCUUGUGUCCACUCCCACCUUCUCCCCUUGCAGAUGGCUGGAUGAGGGUCUUCAGGACUGGCAUUGGGCUCUGGAUGAUGUGGAGGAUGUUGAUGAUUUUGUUGACAGUGCAUUUGAUUUCUGAGGAGCCCGUAGGCUUGUAAUCAGGGUAAAGGCUCUCUAACAGUGUUUGUGUGUCGUGUGUGCUGUGGGUUUGCUUAGCAUGCUGGUUGGCUUACAUUGGAGUGGAGAACUACCUCUUUCAACCAGAUCUUUCAAUGAAUGACCCAGGUCAUUGCAUUGCAAGGAAAUUUAAUAAAAUAUCUCUUAAGUACUGACACUCCUUGCCAGACUGGUGAGUAUUGUUGUCAGUUGAUGAUGAGUGUUGGCAUCUAUUUGCACUCAUUUCCAUCCUUGUGAGCUAUCUGAAUUGUGUGGUAUCUCUACACUGUUUUCUUAGUCUUUGUGUGCCUUGUGUUGUUGUGGUAUUUACCGACCUGUUGUUAAAGAUAAGGUGUCUCUGUCUCUGGGUGCCCCCUAUACAUGGGUUUCACCAAUAUAGUUCUGUUCUGGAGAGACCGGCAAGACCAUAUACAACGGGAAAGAAGUUAGAUUCCCUCAACGGUUCUUCACUUUCAGUUAGAGCACUACAAUGGUAAAAUGUCCAAAUCAAGUGAAGUAUGGGAUUGACUGGGAGACACAGGAGACAUGCUUUGGAGAGAUUAGCCUUUGGUCAGACUCAGGGCUGGAGAGCAGAGACAGUGACCUUUCCUUCCUUUCUCUGACGUCACUGACCUUUUUCACCCCAGCACACCUAGAGCGGAUGCUACCAAGAUGGGGCAAGACAUCGCCUUCAGUGGCCAGCCCAACAACUCAUGACUGCCUUAGUUCAUUUGCUUUGUUUUGUUUACAAGAAAUACGUAUCUACAACACAGUAUUUUUAUGUUAAAAUGACAGUAUGUUCCUUGUCCAAUGUUUUGUAUUGAUUUAUUUCACAAUAAAACAUGACUUUGACUUGUGGAAAAAAGUGCAAUGACUUACGACUGAAGUUGGGUGCAUGACCUAUUGGGUGGUGUAUGUAUUAGAGCUUGCUAUGUAGUUCUGUCUACUUAGAUGCUUAGAUGUGUUUGGGUAGAAGUUGAAUACUGUGUUGGGAAAGGAAACUAACCCCAUCUUUCUCUUGUCUUUUCUUCCUUCUCUCUGUUUUUUU